CUCUUUGGACAGGUAAUGGGCUCAUGGUUGUUCAAAGAAGCAAAGACCUGUGAUCCUUCUCUGUCCAACUUUUAUGUAUUUUCAGGAUUUAAGAUAAAUCGAAUUCACCAUUUGGAUCUCGCUGGCCUAACAAGCACUCACCUAGUCUCUUUAGAUCACUGCAACUACGGGAAGAACGACUAUGGAAACUCCUACCAAUCCAUUAGUACAGUUGACAUUGAUUGGGAAAGACCAUUCUGCAUGUUGAAGCCAGCCACCAAAAAUCCAGACCUCCCAAGCAUUCUGCCAAAUACUACCCAAUCCAAUCAAGUUCCCCUAGUAGGCUGGAAGGAAGUGGUGAAAACAAACUUCGAUGCUUUCACGGAUAAAGUGACCAUUUUAAAUGGUAUCCUACCUGUGUCGGACUGGUUGGGGAUGGAAAAGUCUGAAGAACGGCAGAUUGAGAAGAGGGUUGCGUGUUACAAGAUGGCUCGGCGAAGGAAGCAUGCUAAAAGAAACUAUACAUUUUACAUGCCUGGCACAUUUGUAGGGGGAUUGUUCGAAUGCCCAGUGCCUUUAAGUCACAGAAACGAAGUUCUUAAGCAAAUUACAAAUAACCUUCCGAUUUAUUCGCUAGAAUUCAAGUGUGAAGCCUCGAGAUCAAUUCCUAUUCUGCCAUUGAUUGCACAAGAUAUGACCAUCCAAUGGUUGGAAUUUGAUGUGAAAACUGCGUCAGUCAAGCAUUCAUUGCCAUAUUUGUCUAGCCCAUCUCCGUUGGAUUUAAGAUUUUCAGGGGUUAACAAUCUAGAUUGGGCCAAAGGUAUUGAUGUUAAUGAAAAUUACAAGUACGAACGCUAUGAGCUCGAUUUAAUUUCUCGAACAGUGGGGCGUUCAUCUAAUUUCAUUGGAAAAUUGGUUGCCAGCGCUAACUUGGCAUACUUUGCCAAAUUGCUCAAUAUUCGAAUGUUAAAGUCUGGAUUAGGUGAGCCGGCCCUGAGGUCAGUGGCAGAAAACUUGCCAAUUAUGACGAAAGAUCAAAAGUUCAGUAUUAUACUUGCCCUGACUGAUAAGGGUAAAGAGUACUUGAGACAACUUCAAAUGUUUUGG